AAGCGAUGAUGUUGGAACUUGAGUGUGUGGAACUUGUGUGUAGAUCUAAUACGUGUAUUGCUUAUGCCACGUUUGAUAAAAAUCGAAGCUAAACAGGACGAAUAGAAAUGCCUCUCAGACUGGAUAUAAAGCGAAAGCUUUCGGCGCGGUCUGACCGUGUGAAGAGCGUUGACCUGCAUCCGUCUGAGCCGUGGAUGCUAGUCAGUCUGUACAAUGGCAACGUGCAUGUAUGGAAUCAUGAAUCACAGACCCUUGUCAAGUCGUUUGAGGUGUGUGAUCUACCCGUCAGAGCCGCCAGGUUUGUGGCUAGGAAGAACUGGGUCAUCACAGGAUCAGAUGACAUGCAGGUGAAAGUAUUCAACUACAACACACUAGAGAGAGUUCAUACGUUUGAGGCUCACUCUGAUUACAUCAGGAGUAUAGCUGUACAUCCCAUUCAACCGUUCAUUCUAACCAGCAGUGACGACAUGCUUAUCAAGCUGUGGGACUGGGAUCGUAAGUGGCAGUGCACACAGGUGUUUGAAGGACACACCCACUAUGUAAUGCAGAUCAUCUUCAACCCCAAGGACAACAACACAUUCGCCAGCGCUUCACUCGACAGAACUGUCAAGGUAUGGCAGCUUGGUUCCAGCACACCUAACUUCACAUUGGAAGGCCACGAGAAGGGUGUGAACUGUGUAGACUACUACAACGGUGGUGACAAGCCGUACUUGGUCUCAGGGGCUGACGAUAAACUGGUCAAGAUCUGGGACUAUCAGAACAAGACCUGUGUACAGACUCUUGAAGGUCAUGCUCAGAAUAUUUCCUGUGUCAGCUACCAUCCAGAGCUACCCAUCAUUAUGACGGGGUCAGAAGACGGCACUGUGAGGAUCUGGCAUGCCAACACCUACAGGCUGGAGACCACACUGAACUAUGGUCUGGAGAGAGUUUGGACCAUAGCAAACAUGAAGGGAUCUAACAAUGUCGCUCUCGGAUACGACGAGGGCAGCAUCAUCAUCAAGCUUGGGCGAGAAGAACCAGCGAUGUCUAUGGACUCCAGUGGAAAGAUCAUGUGGGCCAAACACUCUGAAAUACAACAAGCCAACCUCAAAGCCAUGACCGAUUAUGAGAUAAAGGAUGGUGAGAGGCUACCUCUAGGAAUCAAAGACAUGGGAAGCUGUGACGUCUACCCACAGACACUGGCACAUAAUCCCAAUGGGAGGUUUGUGGUUGUAUGCGGAGAUGGAGAAUACAUCAUCUACACAGCUAUGGCUCUCAGGAACAAGAGCUAUGGAUCUGCCCUAGAGUUCGUCUGGUCACAUGACUCCUCUGAAUAUGCCAUCAGAGAGAGCAGCACAUCAGUCAAACUCUUCAAGAAUUUCAAGGAGAAGAAAUCCUUCAAACCAGACUUCGGAGCAGAAGGUAUCUUUGGCGGUUACAUCCUCGGUGUCCGUUCAAGCAGCGGUCUUGCUUUCUACGACUGGGAUUCCACCGAGCUUAUUAGGAGAAUAGAGAUUACACCUAGACAUCUCUUCUGGUCAGAGAAUGGUGAGCUGCUGUGCAUAGCAACAGACGAGUCCUUUUUCAUCCUGAGGUACAGCCCGGAGGCGGUCGACAAGGCACGGGAGACAAAUGAGGGAGUGACAGAGGAUGGUAUUGAAGAGGCUUUUGAGGUUGUUGGUGAGAUUGAGGAGGUUGUGAAGACAGGCUGUUGGGUUGGUGAUUGCUUCAUCUAUACCAACUCUGUGAACAGACUCAACUACUAUGUGGGUGGAGAAAUCGUCACUAUCUCUCAUCUUGACAGGACCAUGUACCUGUUGGGAUACAUCGCCAAGGACAACCGUCUCUACCUCGGAGACAAGGAACUCAAUGUAGUCAGCUUCUCCCUCCUGCUCUCUGUCCUGGAGUACCAGACCGCUGUCAUGCGAAGGGACUUCAACACCGCGGACAAGGUCCUUCCCACGGUACCUAGGGAACAUCGGACAAGGGUGGCUCACUUCCUAGAAAAACAGGGCUUCAAGUCACAGGCCUUGGCCGUGUCAUGUGAUACAGAGCACAAGUUUGACCUUGCCCUUCAGCUUGGUGAGCUGAAGACGGCUUACAGUUUGGCUGUAGAGUCAGAGUCUGAACAGAAGUGGAAGCAGCUAGCUGAGCUUGCCACCACCAAGUCCGAGUUUGAACUAGCCCAGGAGUGUCUCCACAAGGCACAGGACUACGGAGGGCUUCUCCUCCUGGCCAGCUGCUCUGGUAACGCUACUAUGGUGGAGAAGCUGGCAUCCACGGCGGCGGAGAACGACAAGAACAAUGUCGCUUUUGUUGGCUACUUCAUCAGGGGAGAGAUUGAGAAGUGUUUGGAGCUUCUUUGCCGGUCAGGACGUUACCCCGAAGCAGCUUUCUUUGCUAGAACAUACCUUCCUAGCAAGAUAUCAGAGGUUGUCCAGGCAUGGAAGGAGAGCCUCAAGAAGGUCAAUGCCAAGGCUGCCGAUGCCCUAGCAGACCCUACCCAGUAUGAGAAUCUAUUCCAAGGACUCAAACAGACUGCACAGGCUGAACAGUUCCUCAAGUCACGUCGCACCACCAUCCCUGCCAACAAAUACCCUGCUGUACCUAGUACUAGUGAUCGGGAUGUCAUGGAGGAAAUGGAACAAGCAAUUGCCAGCGGAGCUUUCUCUGUGGAUCAGGACCCUACGCAGGAGCCUGAGUCUAUGCAGGAACCUGAGGCAGCUGCUCCAGAGGAGACUCCUGCAGCCCCUUCAGGUGGAGCCACUGAGGAGUCGCCUCCAGCUGGAGAGCGUCCGAGGACGGACACCGACGAUCUCGACUUUGACUUUGACAACUUAGACAUCGAUGACAAUGUCGAUACGUCUGGAGUGGACCUGGAUGAGGAUUUAUUAGAUGAUUAGAUACCAUGAAACAUUUCCAUAGAUGCCACAGCGGAACGAUUGAAUGCACCAAUGCUUUGAAUAGAGUACUAAGUAGGGUACUUUCGAAAGGGGGAUUGAAUUGUGA